UUGUCAUAUUGAUAGUUCUUUGUUACUUGAGGUUCAGAGUAUUAUGAACUAAACAGACUAGUUUGUUAUGGUACGUACGUACGUAUAGACAUACAGGCAGAUGGCCAAGAAGGUAUCAAAGAAGCUUAAAUUCAACCGGAAGAUACAAAAGAUAUCUCCAGACAUAGAUUUGUGGUUGUCCAAAAAUGCUGAUGUCCCAAAGGAAUUGAAGACGGUGAUCAUGGAAACUGUACGAUAUAGAGUGGAAGAGAACCAAGAUGUUCAUGUGGAAAAUAUCGUCUCUAUUCUCUCCCCAGUUCAAAAAAGACUUGUCAUGUGCCCUCUUUGCCUGGAUUUGCUUAAAAAUGUGUCACUGCUUGAAGAAAUAGGCGAUCAAGUGUUGAAAGCAAUCUCCGAGCAUCUCAACUGGGAGUUCUAUGCUGUAGACAGCUAUAUUAUUCGAGAGGGGGAACCACUCAGGAAGAUGUUCUUCAUCAGGCAAGGCACCGCACUGACCUACACAACUCGUACAGAUCAGAUGAGUGGAGGAAGUACAAGUGGUUCUUCGAUCAUUGACAACCUUGAGAAGGGUGAUCUCUAUGGGGAAGAACUUCUAGAGUGGGCAUUCAAUUUUGGCUCCUUUUCGAACUUGCUUGUUUCAACGAUAAGUGUUGUGUCUCAAGAAAUAGUUGAAGCUUUUGUCAUCAGGGCCAAAGAUUUGAAGAAAAUUGUCUCUACGUUCUGGUGGCAGUUUAGCAGGAAACUCCAACUCAAUGACAUGGAGGAUUCUCAGUUGAUGCAGUUGAAGUUUUUGGCAAUUUCUUCCUUGUUACGCCACCGUAAAGCAAUGGCAAAGAGAGGAAGUGGCUGGGACCAAGUUUACAAUAAGUUAAUCAAAAGUGACUAA